UGCCUGAUAAACCAUUGCCAGAAGACCAAUCAGCAACAUAACCGUUCUUUUUGAAGCCAUCCCUAAAGGAAUAGAAGGUAGAUCUAUCCUAGAUUUCAACCCAAAAAAAAAUAGUUUGAAAAUAGAUCUGGAUUUUGUUUGGUUUUUCUCAAACUCUCUCACAGUCCUUUUCUUGGUUGAAUCCUAGAACUACUGGUACUCUCUCCUCCCUUGUUCGUCUUCUUUGCAAUAUUGCAUUGAGUAGUUGACGAUAGAUUUGCACUUCCAAGCACAUGCAUUAUCUCUGUGACGUACAAAAAAAAAAUGUAGUAGUUCAGUCUCCCAUCUUCACCAACGAGUUGAGAGAAAGAAAGUGAGAGAUGGCCAGGGAAGCAACUAAAUCAACUACAAUGAAUGGAGGAGAUGGAGAGUACAGCUACUUCCAGAAUUCCUCAUUUCAGAGAAGCCAAAUGGAGUCAGUGAAGCUGUUAAUAAAGGAAGGAAUUGAUGAAAAGUUUGAUGUAAUUUCAUCAUCACCAGAAUUUAUCAGGAUUGCAGAUUUUGGAUGCUCUGUUGGCCCUAAUACGUUUAUUGCCAUGCAGAACAUUAUUGAUUCAAUGAAACUCAAAUACCAAUCUCAUUAUGGUCUUGAAUUUCAAGUGUUGUUCAAUGACUUCAUCUCCAAUGAUUUCAACACACUCUUCAAGAAUCUUCCAUUGAAUAGGCAAUACCUAGCAGCUGCUGUUCCUGGCACGUUUCAUGGCCGAUUGGUACCCAAAAACUCUCUACAUUUCGUCCACUCUUCAUUUUCACUUCACUGGCUUUCACAUGCUCCUGAAGAGUUAGUAGAUGAGAGCUCCCCUGCGUACAAUAAGGGGAGGAUCUUUUAUACAGGUGCCCCAGUUGAAGUUUUGGAGGCUUACUUAGCUCAAUUUGCCAUGGACAUGACCUCUUUUCUGGAUGCCAGGUCACUGGAGCUUGUCCAUGGAGGGCUCAUGACCCUCAUACUACCAUGCAUCCCAGAUGGGAUCCCUCGUGCACAAUCCGAUUUCUUAAUAUGUAAUGAUUUACUUGAAUCCAGUCUCAUAGACCUGACAAAAGAGGGAUCAGUAAGUGAAGGAAAGUUGGACUCCUUCAAUUUGCCCAUCUACAACCCAACUGUGCAGGAGUUCAAGGCCUUGAUAGAGAGUAAUCCUUGCUUCAGCAUUGAGAGAAUGGCAUCCCUCAUCCUUGACGAAGAAGAAUUUAAUGUACAAACGGUUCGGUGGUUCCACUCUCCAGAGCUAUUUGGGAAGGACUUCUCAGUGACCACUUUGGUAAUGACAUCAUUGAUGAGCUGUUUGAUCGGUACACCCAAAAAGUUGACUCUUUCAUCAAUUCAGGAUCACCAAUAUAUGAUAUGUUUCUGGUUUUUGUCCUUCUGAAGCGCAAUGAUGCUUGAUCACCUCACAGCUUCUGUUUUUAAGCCCAGUUGCAAAUUCAAUGAAAGAAAUUUGGAUCAUUUUCUUGAUUUGGGGUUGUCAUUAUUGCUGCUUUUGAACUAAUAAAAGGCAUGCAUAAUAUGUAACCCACUGAUGUGGGACUCUGUUUCUAUCAUAAAUUAAAAAGGUUGCCUGAUUCAAUCUAUGUUAGAAA